UUUCAAAAUGGGGUGCACCUUUGGAGAAAAGUGUUGUUUUCGAGAUGUUUUUCCUUCAAAUACAAGCAAAGAACAAUUUCCAAAACUACUCGAUCUGUAAUUCUAUUACGUGGCCACAUAUCACUUUUUAUUUCAUUUUAGAUUAGACUUUUAUUUGACAUCGUAACAAGAUGAUGCUAUCCAGCCCCUACGCAACAGACCCGUCCUAUGGGGGUAGUAAAGACCCAUGUUGGGUGGACGUCGAUAGCAGUCCGGGAGCUCCGAGAGUAAAGCCAGAAGCUGAUGAGAUCUAUCAGAAGAGUCAGGGUUCCAUCGGCAGAUUACUCCAGCUCCAAGGAGAGCCGGUGUACAGACCGCCGUCAAGGCAAAAGCCCAAGCCUAAAGAUUUCACCCAGGAUAACGUUCGCAGGAUGCGGCACAUCCAGACGAUGAACAGACGCAAGAAGAAUGCGGACGAGAAGGAGGCAAGACAACCCGUCAAGGUCCUUCCUCAGUCCGUCAAGUACAAGGAGGUCACCUCCAAGGUCGCCGAACAUGUAAAGCAACCAGCUCCGCAACCCCGGCCUGCGUCUGCCAACUUCCUGCGGUCACACAGCAGGACAGGGGGUACCCCUAAGGUCAGAGGAAGGUCACCGAGUCCAGCACCAAGACCUCAAACUGCCCCGGAGACCAAAAUAGAGAAGGAUGCCAAUUUCAUUGCCCACAACGCCCGCUUGGCAAGGAAUCACCAGCCGCCCCGGCCGCCCUCUGCAAUGGCGGCCGAAUCAAUGAAGAUCAAACAGAUCAAAGACAUGCAGACAUACCAGAAAGGCAGUGUACCCAAUUACCUGAAGGGACGGCAGCAGCAGUGGAAGAGGGCAGAGGAGGAGAGAAUACGCAACAUCCCUGACCCUGACAUGCCUCCAGGACACAAGAUGAUGCCUAAAGAGGAGCGUCUUAAGACAUUAGCAGUACUUAAAGACAAGUUAAUUGAGCUGCAGAAAGAGUUGCACAAGCUGCCGCUCAAAGCUGAAACAAUCCGAGCAAAGACGAGAGAAGCCGAAGUCAACUCUCAGCUGGCGGAGGUAGAAGAGGCCAUCAAGAUCUUGUCAAGGUCAAAGGUCUUCGUCCAAGUCGAUAGCUGAUAGUAAACACAUAAAGGGACCCAGUUCAUAGAGAUGUUAAAGACGUUUCAAGUACACAUUAUUUGCUAAGCAUGAAACAGCAGUAACUCGAAAAUAGCCGAGGUGAUGUGUGUUAAUGUGGUCUUGACCAGUUCCCUGGCAUUUUUUGCUAAGCGUAUAAAGUAAGUUGAAUCUUUCCUGCUUCACAGCUCUAUGAAGUUUGACGCAUUUUGCUUUUUCACAUAAUUUCAGUUCACUUUGUGUCUUCUCACAAAUUUGUUUCAUUUUGAUUAUUACUUUUGUCUCUGAUUAUUUUUUGUCUUUGACUCUUUGUACAAAAAAAGUAGAAAUGUAUAUAAUUGUGAAAGUCUGUGAAUAAAUUUAAAGAUUCAUGUAUGGUUUACUUAGGGCGCACAGGGUUAAUGCAAGAGCAACAAGAUAAAACACUCAAAACAUUAAGUGAUGUUUGAAGCUUUGCAUAGUGUAAAUAAUAAGAAUGAACUAUAAAUAAUAAUAGUUGCGGGUAAAACCAUCCAAUAAUUCUCUUUUCAGGGAGUGGUGGCUCUGAAAAGAGCCGGUUUGGUCUCGACGUUUCGAUCAGUAUACUCUGCUCGUCUUCAGGAGAGAAGAAAAUGUUACCCAAUGCCCAAUAUCUAUGUUAUGAUUUCACAGAUUAUAGGGAUAAUCUUUUCAAAAUAUCCACACACAAAAAUAUUAUAACUCAAAUUAUAUGCUUUAUAUACAAAAGAGCUCUGUGGCUAUAUAGAGGCAAUAAUAUUAUGAAGCAAACAAUACACCACAAAAGUUACCAAGACAUCACAUUGAACGAUGCCCCCCCCCCCCCC